CAAAUGAUGUAAUGAGUAGAAACAUCAGCAGACUUCACGCACAAGCUCAUCACGGAGUCCUGCAGCGUUACCGCUCACUCCAUUCUAGUCUUUCAGAAGUUAUUUCACAGUCACAAGAUACGUCUGUCUCCAGAUAGCAAACCGGCUGUCGAAGCUCUUCUUCUACGCUUCUGAUUGAGAGGGAAUGGAGAAAGCUAAACAGGAUGCCUUUGACAACGCCAGACUUCAGGUGAUCAAUGACGGCUACACGAGGGGCUUUGAGUGCAUCAACAAAGGACUCACAGCGGAUGAGGCUGGAGACAAGGCGCAGGCCCUGGAGCUCUACAAGCAGGGCCGAAAGCACCUCCUCCGGGCCAUCAGCGUGCCAUCACAGGGAGAGGAGUGCUUGGGCAGUUGCUGGGAAACGGCCAGACAGAUGCAGCAGAAGAUGCAGGAGACCCUGAACAACAUCACCACUCGCCUGGCGAUCCUGGAGACCAGCUCUGAUGAAGGAUCUGCUCCUGCACCGAGCUCCGGAGCGGUCGCAGGGUCCGCUGCUCCAGGUGCGUCGGGACAGACGGCGCUCUACCCAAAGCUCCCUGCCAAAGACAAGCCCGACAGGCCAGCUCCACCAAAGCUCCAGCCUCCUAACGGAGAGCCGGCCAGAGCUGUGAGCGCUGCGAGCCCACCUGCCUCAUCCUCCGGACAACCGGCUCUCUCACCCGAGCAGCCCCCGGCCUAUUCCCUGCAGGCGGCCGACGGCCACCUCUCCAUCUCGUACGGGACAGAUUCAGGGGAGAUGUCUGUGGUCGGAGAGGAGUUCUACAGUCGUACGUCUAACUCGACGCCGUCGCCUCAGAGCGUGGGGGAGGAGGGCGAGGAGCUGCUCUACAUCCCUCACGGUGUGCAGAUAUUCUUCGUCACUCCCGAAGGUCAAGUGAGCGCGCCGUCCUAUCCCGGCUACCUGCGGCUGGUGAAGUUCACCAGCGAUGCCUCUGGGAGAGUUCCAGCGCGACCUCCCGCUUUUCUGCAGGUGUGUGACUGGCUGUACCCUCUGAUGGCCAUGAACUCUCCGGUGCUGCUGUGUAACACCGGGGUCUUCAUGUUCCCGGACAUGAUGGCGCCGACUUCGGGGUAUUACGUGGGCGUGGUGCUGUCCUCCGAGCUGCCUGCUGCCGACCGGGAGCUGUUUCAGGACCUCUUGUCCCAGAUGACAGACCUCAGGGUUCAGGUUCCAGAUGAAGCUGCAGACAGCAUUAACCUCAGUCAGAAGGUGUCCAUUGCUGCACCUGAGCCGCCGGCGGCUGCAGCAGGAGGAGGAGAAGAAGAAGAAGAAGAGAGCGAGGGGGAGAAACCUCUGCCUGAAUGGAGUGAAAAGGUGGCCAGCGGCAUCCUGACAGGCGCGUCCUGGUUAAGCUGGGGUCUGGUGAAAGGAGCCGAGUACACCGGCAAAGCCAUCCACAUCGGAGCAUCGAAGCUGAGGGAGCACAUCACUCCGGAGGACAAACCCGCCCACGUCAGCCCCACGGUCACCAAGAGCCUCCACGUGGCCAAGCAGGCGACGGGAGGAGCCGUCAAAGUCAGCCAGUUCCUAGUGGACGGCGUGUGUGCCGUCGCCGGCUGCGUCGGCCGGGAGUUGGCUCCACACGUGAAAAAACACGGAGGCAAGCUGAUCCCGGAGUCCAUGAAGAAGGACAAGGAAGGCCGGUCCAACCUGGACGGAGCCAUGGUGGUGGCUGCCAGUGGAGUGCAAGGUUUUGCCACCAUGUGGACCGGUUUGGAAGUCGCAGCGAAGGACAUUGCUAAGAACGUAGCUUCAGAAACCGUCACCACCAUCAAACAUAAGUACGGGGCGGCGGCGGGACUCGCCACAGACCACGCCGUCAACUCGGCCAUGAACGUCGGCAUCACCGCCUUCAACAUCGACAACCUGGGGAUCAAAGCUGUGGUGAAAAAGACGGGCAAGCACACGGCCCAGGCCAUCCUGGAAGACUACAAGCUCCAGGAAAAACCAGACAGCGGGAAGCAAGUGUCCAAAGUGGAUAAAUAAACCUUCGCAUCCUGCCUCAUUUCCUUAUGCCUUAAAACUCGAUUUUUAUCAGAUAAAUCUAUAUUUAAUAAUGUAUAAAGUGUGUCCUAUAUUUACAAGAUAACAUAUAAUAUAUGCAUAUCCUAUAGUUUGAUACAGCUCCUGAGCACUUUAAUUUUUUUCUAAUAUAGACUUUAAAAUGGACCUAAAUGUGACGUAACAGGAGAUUAAUAAACCCAAAGCAAACCUUGAUAGAAAACUUGAUUUACAUGGUGUGUUGUUGCAUAAAGUAACAUUCAGGUGUCAUCUAUUAACACUGCUGUGUUAGGAAAACAAACGGUUUGUGUGAGUAACUUGUUAUUGCAGAAAAUUAUCUACUUUAAAUGGAGAGAAUGUGUUACUGUGUUCAAUGUGAUUCCAAUUGUUUCAGACAGAAUAUUGUCCUCUACACUGUUUUCCCAUUUGCAGGUUAAUUAGCAGAAAUCACUCCUGUAAACAUAGGAGUCUGUUGAAUAUUCCCUGCAAAACAUGAUCUUUGUCUACUGUAUAUUUUUGUUGAACCUUCAGUUUGUGGAAUAAAAGUCAAACCCUAAU